AUGCUUAAUAGGAAGAUAUUUCAGAGUAAAAACCUAUUACUCAUCGCAUUAAUUUCAUUAAUCACAUUAUCUUUAUUAAUUAUAACAACUCAUCCACAAGCAAAUGAAACAACAAAACAAAUAAUAAAUAAAUUGACACCCGGGACAACAGCAACUAAACCAACAAUUAAUAAUACUACUGAUAGUAAUUCAGAGUCACAAGUUGAUGAUGAUGAUGAUUUACAUACAGUUUUACCUGAAGAUACUUCAAAAUUUCAAAAUCAUUUAGAUUUUUGGGACUUCAUUUUUAAAAUUUUCAAGAAAUAUGAAUUAUCAAAAGAUAUACAGCCAUUAAUUGAUUACAAUGAUUUUACUCAAGCAACAUUAGAAGAUAAUGAAAGUCGAAAGGCAUUAUUACAAAAAGCGGAUUUACAUAACGUAGACAAGGUCAAACAACUUCAUAAACUGGUAAUUGACGCAUUACCAAAUAAAUUAUCAGAAAGCGUUUAUAAAAAAGGUUCCACAGGUAUAGUUACCAUCGGUGGUGGUUUUUAUUCGUGGAUGGCGUUUUUACAAAUUUUACAAUUAAGAAAAAUUGGUAGUACAUUACCUGUAGAAUUAAUUAUACCAAGUUUUGGAAGUUAUGAAGAUGAAUUUGAAUUAUGUCAAGAAAUUUUACCUAAAUAUAAUGCUAAAUGUGUUAUUGUACCUGAACAAUUUGGUUCAAGGGUGAUGAAAAAUUGGUCAUUUGGAAGUUAUCAAUAUAAAGCAUUAGCUUUAGUUUUAUCAAGUUUUCAACAUACUUUAUUAUUAGAUUCUGAUAACUCACCAGUUGUAAAUCCAGAUUCGUUUUUCGAUCAACCAGUAUAUAAAGAUAACGGAUUAGUUUUGUGGCCUGAUUAUUGGGUUAGAUCAAUGAGUCCAAAAUGGUAUGAUAUGAUUGAUAAACCAUAUUCAACAGAAGUUAAAGAUAAAGAUUCAAGAUUUCCAUUAACUAUACCGGAAAAAUUAACACCUGAACAAGAACAACAUACUAGAUUCAAUGAUUUAAAAGGUGUUUUAUCUGAUCGUGCAACUGAAUCUGGUCAAGUAUUAUUUAAUAAAGAUACACAUGGUAAAGUUGCGUUAAUGGUUUUAUAUUAUAAUUUGUUUGGACCUGAAUUAUAUUAUAAAUUAUUUUCAUUAGGUGCAUUAGGUGAAGGUGAUAAAGAUACAUUUGCAGCUGCUGCUUUAGAUGUUGGAAAACCAUAUUAUCAAGUUCAUUCACAUAUAAAAACACUUGGUUGGAAAUCACAAGAUGGGGAGUAUCAUGGUAUGGUAAUGGGUCAAAAAAAUCCACAAAUUGAUUAUGAAUUAUUUGAUAAAGUACAAAAGGAUUUAGUUUCCAAAAAUCAAAAUUGGUCAGAUGAAGAAAAGAAAUUAUUUGAUGAUGAUUCAAAUGUACCUGUUUUUACAUUACAUUGUAAUAUUAAAAAAAUUCAUCCACCAGAUUUUAUGAAAGAUAAACUGAUUAUAAAUGAUGAAGGAACAAGUAUGAAUGUUAGAUUUUAUAAUAGUUUUAAAUUUAUGGAUAAAGAAGGUCAAGAAUUAGAUUUUGAAUUAGAAAGAUGGAAACUUGUAAAUAAAGUUGCUUGUGAAGAUAAAAUUAAGUUCAGUAUUUUUAAAGAUCAAGACAUGGAUAAAGUUUGUAGUUUUAUAAAGAAUUCAAUUGAUUUUUAUUCGAAAAAUUAA